GAUUAUUAUUAUUAUAUCGAGUAUAUAUGUAGAUCACAACACAACUCUCUUAUACAAAAAGAUGUCUGCUGCUGCUACUGCCAGUAGGCUUCUUCAAUCUCUUCAUCUUCUCUUCAUCUUCUUCAUCCUCCUAAACCCAUUCCAAUCUUCCCAUGCGGCGGAGGAAACAAUGGUGCCGUUGAUAGAGCCCGGAAAACGAGAGAUGAUGGAAUUUGUAUUACACGACAGUCGCCGGAAGCUCAACGGCUUCAAGAUUUGUGCACUUUGCACUUGUUGUAACUCCGGCGGCGGCGGUGGCGGUGGCGGCGGUGGUGGUAAAUAUUGCUUACCUUCUCCUUGUUGCUAUGCAAUCAACUGCAACAUCCCAAAUCGCCCUUUUGGAUUCUGCUCAUUUACUCCAAAAACAUGUAACUGCUUUGGAUGCCAUCUUUGAUCAAAACCCCAAAUCUAUUUUUAUUAAAGAAAAAUCGUUUGAAGUUUGAGGGUUUUGGUUGAAAAUUUAUUUUUCUUUUUUCUUUUUGGAAGAUUAUUUAUUUAUAAUUAUUAUAAUUAAUGUUAUAAUUAUUAUUGUUUGCUUUGUAUAUAUAUUUUUUUUUACUUUUUUGAGGAAUUAAAGAAAUCUUGGCUGGAUUCAAUUGUAUUGGGUUUAGCAAAGUAUUGGGAAUGUAGGUGGGGUUUAAGUUAAAUAGGGGUAGCUUUUUCCAGAGUUUAAGUUCUGUAAUUUAGAGUAGUGUACAACUUUUGAAGCAUGAGGUACAAGAGAUUUUUGCUUCAUUGCUCUGAUUUUGGUUAUUUUGGAUUCGAAAAGGGAGGGUAAAACUGGUAUUUCAAUAUUAUGCCUCGGACGAAAGUGUACGUAAAAGUCAAUGAAGUUAUGUAAAAAAGCAAUGUCAU